AUGGCUUUACGGUUACCACCUAGAUAUGUCCUGGCGAGUAUACUAUGCUCCUUUGGAGGUUUCCUUUUUGGGAUGGAUACAGGUAUCAUUGGACCCGUCACCGUCAUGAAAGAGUUUACAUCGCAGUUUGGAACGCACUCACCUACAAUUCAUGGCCUCAUCGUCUCAGCAAUCUUGAUCCCAGCCGCUCUAUCGUCAUUCUUCGCCGGCAAAGUAGCUGAUGUCCUGGGACGUCCCAUCGCUAUUUCUAUAGGUGCUUUUGUAUUUGGCCUCGGAGCAGCGCUCGAGUGUGGCGCUGUUCAAAUCUCCAUGUUUGUUGUAGGACGAAUUGUCGAGGGACUUGGAGAGGGCUUGUAUCUUGGGACUCUGGUCGUGUAUAUAUGUGAAAUUUCCCCACCAUCCCAAAGAGGGCCCCUGACAUCAGCCCCCCAACUCUUCAUCACCUUCGGCGUCAUGACAGGUUUCUUCACUUGCUACGGAAGCAACAAUGUCGAGUCUUCUUUUGCAUGGAGAGCACCUUUUCUCAUCUUAGCUUGCCUGUCGUUCGUUUUUUCUGCUGUGAGCUUCGUAUGGCUUGUCGCUUCUCCGCGCUGGCUCACACUGCACGGCCGUCACGAAGAGGCACUUGCCAUGUGGGAACAUCUAGGUGUCGACCUCGCCGAUCGGGAGAAAGUUGAGGACAACCCGACUCCCCUCGUAACCCCUUUCCAGAGUACGGAAUCUCUUGUCAAACAUAAACAUAGCUUUGCCGAUGUGUUCAAAAAGGAUGUACGGAAGCGAACGUUCUUGGCUGUGUUUUUGAUGGGUAUGCAGCAAUUGAGUGGUAUUGAUGGUGUGCUAUAUUAUGCACCUCUGCUUUUCCAACAAGCAGGUCUCGCUUCAUCCCAGGCAUCCUUCCUCGCCUCCGGCGUAUCAGCAAUCCUCAUCUUCACAUCCACCAUCCCCGGCCUCAUCUUCUCCGACCGCUGGGGCCGUCGCACAUCCAUCAUAUUCGGCGGCCUAGGCUUAACGAUCUGUAUGUUCAUCAUCGGCUCCCUCUACGCGUCCUCCUCCGUGCACUCGCACGCCGGUGCCGGCCGCUGGGUCGUCAUCGUCUGCAUCUACAUCUUCGCCGUCAUAUUCUCCAUCAGCUGGGCCGUAGCCGUCAAAGUGUACGCGGCGGAAAUCCAGCCCCAGCGCACGCGCGCGUCCGCUACCAGUCUAGCGCACGGCAGCAACUGGAUCACCAACUUCCUCGUCGCGCUCACGACGCCGAUCUUGCUGGCAAAAAGCAGUUAUGCGGCGUAUUUUCUGUGGGGGGAUGCACGUUGUGCACGGUUGUCGUUUGUGCGCUUUGGAUGCCGGAGACGAGGGGGAGGGAUUUGGGGGAGAUUGAGCAGGCGUUCAAUGAGAAGAAGAUCUCGAGGGUUAUUAGUAGGAUUUCGCAAAGUGCUGCUUGAGCUUAAUCACGUCCAUGACUGGCUCAAGAUCGAUGCGAGCAAUUAUGAAUGCGUCUCGCAUGUUCGGAAUGAUGCAACCGAAACUGUCGAGUAUGAGGAGAAGAUGCCUCUGCUCCUAUGGAAGUGGAUAGUCCGCGGACGGCACCAAUAG